AACACAAUACUACAGAAUUUACCGUGGACCAUUAGCGAAUGCGUCUCGUAGUGUGAUCGACGGCACUCGCACGGAAAUAGUCAACUUUUGUCUAUAGGUAUGGCCUUUUACAUCAAGUGAUAUAUGUGUAUUGGUGCACGACACUAGUACUGAGACACGGGUGGAACAUUUUGGAGGUUUCGUUAAUCAGGUACAUAUUGUGAAACAUCCCGACUUGGACAGGUUGACGAGUGCAAAACAGCAAGAAGCACAUUUUCGAUGUGAAAAAUCCCAAAUCACAGGGACGAAUGAAGACAUCGUGGAAGGAGUGCCUACUCCCUGAUCUGAUCAGAUACUCUCGCGAGAUAACGUGAUUAAUCUCGCUGUAAUGUGACAUGACUCUAUUCGACUGAUUCCGUACGUCCAAACUGUUUUUCAGGGUAAUAAAGAAAAGGUUCUCAAUUACCAUAGGUACAACAUGAAAGUUUUAGUAGCAGGUGCUCGUUACGUCGGCAUGUUUGGAAUGCGUCGUAUCAAAAAGCUUAUAGGACUAAUGAUUCUCGGUGGCUUACUUAUGAUAUAUGGCUAUUUUAAAUACUUCCAGGAGCCUCUUUACGUGUUCAUGCACAACGAUAUCCACAGCCAGUGUGUUCUACCCAAUAUUGACCCUAAUGAUCCUACUAUCAUGAAAUUCUACAACUGGCAUCCGCCACCCCUCGUCUGUGAUCCAUCACCAACUCUCACCAUUGUUGACGAUUCCGGGCUCUUAAGGUUCAACGAAAGUGUAUAUAACCCAUCAAACAAUGCCGCCAAGUUAAAUUGUGUCUACAGCAUUGUUUCUCUUGUUCAUGAUUUCAAAGUGAAAUUUGAGGCUGAGACAGCGUUCACUGGACCGGUCGACGUGCCAGCUGAUGCUUUUGUGGUACGGUGUCGAAAUCCUGCCGGACAAAUUGUUUAUGAAAACGUUCACCAGAAAAUAGAUAGAAAAACUAAAGAAAAAACCAGAGAAAUCAAAGAUGAAACAGAUAAUGAUCUCAGUGUUCUUAUGUUUGGGAUAGACUCUGUUUCUCGAUUAGCAGCUAUUCGGAAACUUCCUAAAACAGUAAAAUAUUUAACGGAAACCCUCGGGGGUUAUGUGUUCCAAGGAUACAACAAGGUGGGGGAUCACACCUUCCCUAAUCUGUUAGCAUUGCUGUGUGGGAAAACCCAGUUUGGUUUUCCAAAUGUCGACCUGGAUUCGGAUUUCGCUGACAAAUAUCCUUUUAUCUGGUACGAUUUCGAAAAGAAAGGUUAUGCCACGUUGCAUGGCGAAGACUGGCCGGAAAUUGCUACUAUAAAUCAAGUGAUGAAGAAGGGAUUCGAAAAACCGCCAACAACUCAUUACAGCCGAUCUUAUUGGCUGGCGAUGAGGAAAAUCCAACCAAUGCAAUACACGAUAGAUCAGGUGUUCAUGUUCCUGGAAUCUAAGGCGAUGAAGCUUCGGAAAUCCUCGUCACUUUGUUACGGAAACCGUCCCAAUCACAUGUUGAUAGUCGACCACUUCAAACAGUUUGUACAGGCAUAUAAAGGAAAACGAAAAUUCGCAUUCACAUGGCUCAACGAAUUGGCUCACAAUUAUGUUAACUUUCUAGAAUAUGGUGAUAAUGAUUUUAUGGAAUUUGUGAAAUGGUUACACUUGGAAGGUCACUUGAACAGAACCGUUUUGCUUUUCUUCAGUGAUCACGGGUCGAGAGUGGACGAAAUACGAAACACGUAUAUAGGGCGUAUCGAGGAUAGGAUGCCAUUCGUGUCCGUAGUAAUACCUGAAGUAUUGAAAAAGAAAUAUCCAUCUAUUGCUGAAAAUUUAAGAGCAAAUGAACGCAGACUUGUUACAACAUUUGAUACAUACGCAGCAAUUCGUGAAGUAUUAAACAAUAAGUAUGUAGAUUUAACGAGUGAGUUCAACGAACGUUCACCACAGGCUGUGAGUAUAUUUAAGCGUAUACCGGAAGUUAGGUCAUGCGCAGACGCAAUGAUCCCGGAACAUUAUUGUGCGUGCUAUUCAUCACAAGUUGUUAAUAAAACAGAACCAAUUCUCAAUGUUAUUGCUGAAUUCGUAUUACAAACUAUUAAUGAUUUCCUAAUUCCAGUACGUAACAAGUGUGCCAAGCUAUCUAUAGAUUCUAUCAUGGAGGCGAGGAUUGUUAAAAAUAGCCUCGAACGAAAAGCAGAUAGAGAAAUUAAGUUUACAUUCCGUAAUUGGAUUACGUCACCAGAACAAAAAGACGAUACGAAAUAUCUGAUUUACCUGAGAACCACGCCCGGAAAUGCGACAUUUGAAGCUUCCGUUCUGCGCACUCCGGAUGGUAGACUUAAGGUAAUUGACGACAUUAGUCGGACAAACCGGUACGGAACCCAGUCCAAGUGUGUCGCCGAUAGAUUUCUCAAAGGGUACUGCUUCUGUACAGUGGACGAAGUAGAAACCGUGAUAUGAAGUGUUGGCUUUAUCUGGUAUCAUUAGUGGAUACUAUUUUUUUACUAGAUUGGUGAGAUUGUAUCAUUAUAGAGUUUGUACUGAACACAUAACCUAAUUUAUCCGGCACUGUAGACUUCUGUGUAGCGUAAUUUUAUACAAUUUACUAAUUUUUACUUAUUUUUCUGAUCGUUGACCAAGAUAUCAUGACUUACAUUUUGAUUCACACAAAUGUCGUUCAAUACACUGAAUGGUAUUCGGUGUUUCGGUUAACUUAUCCAAAACCAUGUAGGACACACCCUUUUGGUCAGAUCAGAGACUCGAUAUACACGUCUCUGGUCAGAUUGAUCUGUCUAUUCUGACCCUUUGUUGAAUACAGCCAUAGGUCUAACUGAUAACUGAGGGCUAAAACAUGGCUAAUAUAUGUAAAUGUACGAGGCAUUUCGGAUGAUAACUACCCGGAAUCCUCGGAAUCGUACGUAUACUUACUCUGCCGUUUAAAUAUACUGAUGGUGACAGCAGAAAUAAAUUUCAACACAUAUCUUAUUAGAUAGGAUGUCAAAUUACCGAUUGAUCGGAUAAAACGCAUGUCCGGGGGUGAAAUCGAUUACUUGUCUGGUAUAGUGUUGUGCAAGUCUUGAAUUUAUUUCAUAUGUAUAAACUAAUCCAGAGUUAUGGAAUUGAAAAAAACUGCCACUUAUAUACUUGUACAUGGUGAAAGAUGAAAAUGAAUCCAAAAAUAUACCCCUGAGCUAUACUGUUGAAUUGAAUGUGUACAUGUACAUGUUUGUUAUUUAUUAUGAAAAUUAUGGUUGUUUAAUAAAUUAGCAUUGUUCAGAAAUGGUUGCUUGAUAAAUCGUUACCUUCUACUGCUUCGUUGAAGUUAUUAUCGUUGUAUAUAUAACGCUGUUGUCGAGUUUUUAUUUUUCUUUAUGUAUUACUUCGUCUGUAGGGUUCUUAUUUAACUGUUUUGCACAUAAUUAAUAAUAUAUAGAUAUUGAGUUGGCAUCACAAUGGGCAUUUGAGUGACACCGAAGGCAGUGGGACGGUAUGUACAAAUUGUAAAGGAAUAAUCAUCCAUGUAGGCCUUGGUGCGCAGGCGUCUGUUUCUGAUUAUUCUUUAUAUUAACCCCUGCUGUAGAUAUAGUAGAGUAGCUAUAUAGGGGGCUAAUAUUUUCCCCUAUAAAUAUUGACCAGAUACAGACCUCUGUGCUGGGUCCAUAUCACCUCGGGGUGUCUGUGCUGUAUAACGCACCCAAACGUUUUAGAUAUCUACAGACAGUUUUUGGCUAUCCUUUACAUAGCAGUGUCAUUUCUUUUACACAUAUUUGUUCCUUUGUGUAUUUUUGUUGAUAUAUUAUGGUAUGACAUGUACCAAUAUUUUACCAAUUCAAGUUUUGUGUAAAUUCCCCAGACUGUCUUCUCUUACAAAUAUAAAAUUGUCAUAACAUGAGCUCGUGUAUAGGAAAAGUAUUUAUUUAAAAUGUAAUGUUCUCAGGUUUACGACUACUCGUAA